GUCAUGCAUUUUUCUAGUAAAAGCUCUGCAAGUCUGCAAUAAAAAUGGCCUCCAAUAAAACUACAUUGGAGCAGAGAUUAUCAGAUGUCAACCCCUCCUGGACCAUUUUAAUGAUGCAUUCAUGGAUCUCAAGUCCUUGACAAGAAUUAGUGAAGCCGAAAAGAGUACCAGAAAACAAUCUUCCAUUGAAUCAAAGAAUUUUAGUCCAACGGAGAACACAGAUGGAGAUGUUCCCCACUUGUAGCCUGCUUGCCUCAUCACCACACAAAAUGGGAAAGAAACAGAAUGGCAAAGGUAAAAAAGUUGAAGAGGCAGAGCCUGAAGAAUUUGUUGUGGAGAAAGUCCUGGACAGACGUGUUGUAAAUGGAAAGGUGGAAUACUACUUGAAGUGGAAAGGAUUUACAGAUGCUGACAACACAUGGGAACCUGAAGAAAACUUAGAUUGUCCAGAGCUAAUCGAAGCUUUUCUGAACUCUCAGAAAGCUGGUAAAGAAAAAACAGAUGGUGCCAAAAGAAAAUCUUUGUCAGAUAGUGAAUCUGAUGAUAGUAAAUCAAAGAAAAAGCGUGAUUCUGUUGAUAAACCAAGAGGGUUUGCAAGGGGUCUUGAUCCUGAGCGGAUAAUUGGGGCUACGGAUAGCAGUGGAGAGCUUAUGUUCCUCAUGAAAUGGAAAGACUCUGAUGAGGCAGAUCUGGUCCUGGCCAAAGAAGCUAACGUGAAGUGUCCUCAGAUCGUAAUCGCUUUUUAUGAAGAGCGACUAACUUGGCAUUCAUGCCCAGAAGAUGAAGCACAAUAAUUGUUUGCGUUGCUUUUUUAUAUAUAUGAAUAUUAAAACCUGAAAUUUGAUUUAUUAGCAAUGUGAGAAGCAUACAUUCUAACAAGAAUUAAAUUUGAUAUUUUUUUGAAGUAGUACGUUUUGCAUCAACAGCAAGUAAAUAAAAGCUUUCUGCAACUUGUUUCAUUUAUCACAAGAGAGCGUUUGAUACUACUACUUCCUCCAUAUUAGGUAAAAGCUUUUAUAAAACAUUCAUAAACUUCCAUAGUUAUUACAGAAUCAUAAUGAAUGUCUAAACAAACUCACGGAUGUUUUGUAGUCUUCUAUACUAUUGAUGUGCAUGUAUCUUCUUUACCCAAACCUAGCCCUUUAAACCUGUAGAAUCAUUCUUUUUAGUAUUUGGGGUCACUUGGUCCCAAGAAGACCAGGCGAAAACUAACUUUGUAGUAAUUUGAAUGUUAUCAGACUGUAUAUUGUUUACUUUAUUGUAAAUACUGGUGAACAGUGGUCAAUAAAAUAGUUUUAUAUUCUUCCUUU